AUGCCAGCUUCCCUAACAGCAGCAGACAUUCGCGCCGCAGCUGCAAAUGCUACUGCUGUUAGAGCACCGCAGCUGGAAAGCGGAGAUGCGCGGCGUCAAGCAGAGUGCCAACCUGAAAUUGGAGAUGAAGGAGUAAUGGGGCAAGAGUUUUUUGAUGAAGAGGAAGCGUUUGGCAUGCCAAGAUUGUUGGUUGACAUGGCAGAGGCAAUGCUUAUGAGCCUUCCUAGGAUUAAGACAACGCCUUACGAUGAGUUGCCUGAAUAUUCUGAUGCAUCAUAUACUCUCUGGAGUUACCCUUAA